AUGCAGCUGGUCCUGCUGGCCCGGCUGCUGUCCGUCGGGCGGGCGGUGCUGGCGGCGCUGCGAGGGCGCCUGGGCGCGCUGUGCUGGAGCCUGGCUCCCCUGUCCCUGUCCCUGCCCCUGUCCCUAUCCCUCCCCGGCUGGCGGGACUCAGCCCCCCGGCAGCAGCGGGAGCAGGAAGGGGACGACGCGGCCCCGACGCCCACCAGCGUCAAUUAUCACUUCACCCGGCAGUGCAACUACAAGUGCGGCUUCUGCUUCCACACGGCCAAGACCUCCUUCGUGCUGCCCCUGGAGGAGGCCAAGCGGGGGCUGGCGAUGCUCAAGGAAGGAGGAAUGGAGAAAAUCAAUUUCUCGGGAGGAGAACCAUUUCUUCAGGACAGAGGCGAAUUUGUAGGCAAACUGGUCCAGUUUUGCAAGCAGGAGUUGGAGCUCCCAAGUGUCAGCAUUGUCAGCAAUGGCAGCCUGAUCAGAAAGCAGUGGUUCGAGAAGUACGGUGAAUAUUUAGAUAUUCUGGCAAUUUCAUGUGAUAGUUUUGAUGAGGAUGUCAACGUUUUAAUUGGCCGUCGUCAAGGAAAGAAGAACCAUGUGGAAAAUCUCCAUAAACUGAGGCAGUGGUGCCGAGAGUAUGCUGUUGCUUUUAAAAUAAAUUCAGUCAUCAACAGAUUUAAUGUUGAGGAAGAUAUGAAUGAGCAGAUCAAGGCACUGAACCCUGUGCGCUGGAAGGUAUUCCAGUGCCUGCUUAUCGAAGGGGAGAACAGUGGUGAGGAUGCUCUAAGAGAAGCAGAAAAAUUUGUUAUCAGUGAUGAAGAAUUUGAUCGAUUCCUAGAUCGCCAUAAAGAUGUCUCCUGCUUGGUACCUGAAUCUAAUCAGAAGAUGAGGGAUUCAUACCUCAUUCUGGAUGAAUAUAUGCGUUUUCUAAACUGUAGAAAUGGGCGGAAAGAACCUUCCAAGUCCAUCCUGGAUGUUGGUGUAGAAGCAGCUAUAAAAUUCAGUGGAUUUGAUGAGAAGAUGUUCCUAAAAAGAGGAGGAAAGUAUGUGUGGAGUAAAGCAGAUAUGAAACUGGACUGGUGA